CUUUAACUAAUCAGUGCAGUGCAGGAGCGUCUGGCGGAGGAGAAACAGGAAAACAGGAAAACAGAAGGAGAAUAACGCUACGCUUUAAGUGAGCACCAAGGACAGCGCCACAUUCAGCACCAGGGACAGCUCUCCAGACGCAACAGCACUGAGGGCAAGUGGCGAAAAAACUGCAAUCUGCAUUCAAGACAACAGGCAGUUUAAGAACCAAUCCAAUUUACUGUGUUAAUACAACUUUUGCACGGAUACAGCAUCAUAUCCGAUUACACCAGUCACUUCAUAUUUCUUAUUAUCUCCACUGACUCGGCUCAAAAACGCUGCGCUCUGGGACAUAAAGGUGUGUCUGUGGUUCCACAACAGAAGACACCUUCCUUCCGUGGGUCUGAACACGCUGCUCUCUCCUGUCUGGAGCCUCUCCGUCUUUAUACAGACGGUGCUGCGGCGGAGGGCCGGACAAACGCCGGUGAAGACGCACGAUUAGUCGGCGAAGGGCGCUGUCACCCACCGGGCCAAUCCGAGCCGAGCCGCGCAGCCUCGGGCGGAGUUUGAGGAGACGCGCGGUUAAUUUUAGUUUGUGUUGGUUGGACAGAGAGGAGGAGGAGGAGGAAGAAGAGGAGGAGGACGAGGAGGAGGAGGAGGCGACGGCUGUCAUUUUUUUCUAUUUGUACCAACUGGCACGUUUCUCAGGAGCAAACCCAGGCGGGUGUAACUGUCCUACAGGCUCCAACAUCAGGCGCGUCGGCCGGUUUGUCCCGGUUCAGGUCCGGCAGCGAGAAACUGGUUUUGGAGAAGAAAUUUAUAUUUUUCUCUCUCUCUCCUUAACGCCCGUUUAACUACACAGUAUAACCGUCUCUUCACUGCAGAUAACCUGUGAUCAGGUUUGGACGAGUUUCUGUAGCGACACUUUGAAUAUCGAGGAGGAGAGAGACAGAAAAAAACAUGUCAGUGAGUCAACAGCUGGAGUGGAAAAAACACGACGGAUCUCGGUCCACUUUAUUCGUUUUGCAGCGCUCAUUCAUUCAGUAAUUCGACAGGGAGACUGCGGGUCGCCUCAUGUCUGGAAGGAGGAGAUCCUGAGAGGCUGAUCAGUGAUGCGUUAGUGGGAUCAGAAACACGGAGCUCCACGCUGCGGGGGUGACAUCAGUCAAGAAAACAAACGAAACCCCCCCGUUUUUGUUGCCGUUUUAAAGAUGGAGUCCCCCCACGUACACCCCGGCUGCUGAAGCUUAAUGAGGGACAAGCCAGAAGUUGAGAAGAGAGACAGAAGCGGCUCAUCCGACCAGUAAAUUAACGGGGAAAGAGGAGCGGCAAAAUGUGGCACCGCGGCUCCCCUGCGCUCUGAAUGGGCACCGUCGAGCAGUCGGGGACAACCGGUGGCCGUUAAUCCUCCGGUGCGUGUGCGUGUGUGUGUGUGUAUGUGUGUGUGUGCGCGCGUGUGUGUGUCUGUAUGUUUGUGAGGGUGGUGUUGGUGAAAACCGGUUUUUGAUGCGCGAGAAAGUGACGUGCCACCCUCCCACCUUCCCACCCUUCGCAACGAGCCUCUUGUCAACUCAACCGGCCAAGUAGUGUUUCAUUUUUCUCUCCACACAAAAAUCACCUCCUUUUUUGAAUAUUUUUCCUCCUGUUUUUUAUUAUCCCCUGCUGUUCUCCUCACUCUCCAAAUCUCGCGGGAUACAAAGGAAAUAAAAGAGAGAAAAGAGGACAGGGGAAAAAAGAGUAAGACAAACAGGAGCCGCCUAUAUGAAGAUGCUGAUGUGUGACCGCGGCGUCCAGAUGCUCGUGACGACGGUGGGCGCGUUCGCCGCCUUCAGCCUCAUGACCAUCGCCGUCGGUACCGACUACUGGCUGUACUCGCGCGGGGUCUGCCGCGUGAAGAGCAGCGGCGACAACGACACGAGCCGCAAGAACGAGGAGGUGAUGACGCACUCCGGCCUCUGGCGAACCUGCUGUCUGGAAGGAACAUUUAGAGGUGUGUGUAAGAAGAUCGAUCACUUCCCAGAGGACGCCGACUACGAGGCAGAUGCUGCUGAAUACCUCCUCCGUGCUGUGCGUGCCUCCAGCAUCUUCCCCAUCAUGAGUGUUGGUUUGCUGUUCCUUGGGGGGCUCUGCGUGGCCGCCAGUGAGUUUUACCGGAGCCGACACAACGUCAUCCUCAGUGCAGGAAUCUUCUUUGUCUCUGCAGGCCUCAGUAACAUCAUUGGAAUAAUUGUAUAUAUCUCAGCCAACUCUGGUGACCCAGGCCAGAGCGACAGCAAGAAAUCCUACUCCUAUGGCUGGUCCUUCUACUUUGGCGCCCUCUCCUUCAUCAUGGCCGAAAUGGUGGGCGUCCUGGCCGUGCACAUGUUCAUUGAGAAGCACCGCAAACUACGGGCCAAAUCCCGCACCGAGCUCAUCAAGAAGUCAGCCUUCAGCCGCAUCCCGUCCUAUCGCUACCGCUUCCGGCGCCGUUCCAGUGUGCGUUCUUCCGAAGCCCCCAGCCGUGACGCCUCACCGCUGGGGAAAGGCGGCUACACAGGGCCCGCUGCCUCCGAGAUGCCCAUGUACACGCUGAACCCACGAGAGGCCGGCAAUGCUGGCACCAAAGCGGGUGGCGGCAUGGGCGGGCUGCUCAAUUCAGAGAGGGAGUUCCUCCAGAGCAGCACGCUCACUAAAGACUACAGCAAGGACCCCAACCGCAGGACCACGCCUGUCUGAGAGGUGCUGGCUGUAAGAUAUCGCCCGAUCAGAGUAUCAAAGUUGGAGUUGGAGGAUCAGAAAUACAGGGGAGGUGCGAGCAAAAGCGGGGGACACACAGGGUUACGGGGUGGGAAAGGGGGUUUGAUAAACUAUGACUGUGAACUGUGAACUUUUAGCCUUUGAACUGUGAAUCCUGAGCCCUGUGAGAGUUUCAGUGUUUGUAGCAGAGUCAGUUUUGACAGAGAAGUUGUUCCCAACUCCACUUCACUACAUAUCAUCGUAGUUAUGACUGUGACUCCUUGGAUAUGAAGGCACAUUCAAUUUAUGUUCAUGAGUUUUUAUGUUCAUAAAUUGACUUUCUGGUGUUUUUUGUCAAGGGGGAAACAGGAUUGGCAAAAAGUUUAAAAUGCAUAUCGUAAGUGGUUUCCUGUUUGGGACAACUUCUCCUAAAAAUGAAAAUAAUGUGAAUUUGAGGAGAAGAGGAAAGAGGUGACAGACUUUUGUGUGAUCGUUGACCUUUUGACCUCUGUCCUCCUGAGCUUUUGGAUAUCAGCAGAGCUGGAUCAAUGAAGGGAACGGCCUUAGAGCUCCCAGCUGACUCUCUGAUUACGAUACUAUUUAAAAGUGAGGAAGUUAACACCUCCACAUUGGGGUUGAUUCAUUUUCAGUUCAGCUGGAUUCAAAAUAUAAACUGAAGAUGUAGUUUGUCCUUUCAUCACAGCACAUUUGUGGCACUACUUCUUAUUUUCUAUACAUAUUGUAUAUAUAAUCCUUUCACAUUGAUUGAUUUUAUCAUGGGAAAGUUCAUUUCACAAGUGUCUGAACUGAAACUGAAUUGAGCUGGUAACAUUUAUGCCCAUCUCUCCGAUCCCGGGUCAGUUGUUAAGCCUGCAUAGUGGUUUUAAUGAGUGGAAAAGAGUAAACUGACGGCCGAUCAGGCGUUGGAGACAGGUGUAAUUCAGCAAAACUGAUGAAUCUCUUUUAGAUGGUAACGUUAGAUCCAUUGGUGCUUCCCUUUACUUCUCUUUUCUGACACUUUUUGAUUUAUUUUUUCACCUAAAACUUAAAGAGAUGAUCAGAUAUUUGUCUGUCAGUCUGUCUGUCGGCCUUCACACAUCACCUUCCACAUUUCACAUUUUUCUGUCUAGCCCCAUAACUCACCUCACCAACACACCUCCACACAUCCUCUCACUCUGUCUUUCCUCUCUUCAGAGGGACACUCUGCUAGAUUUAGGUCCUGUCUUCCGUUGGUGUCGCUCGUAGUAAAAGGUUUUUAGAAGUUGUUGGUUCAGGGUACUGUGGAGAGGAGACCGCUGAGCUGUGAAUAUGCUUUAAGGCAGUGCCAAAAAGACAUUAAACAAACAAGAGAUGGACUGUUUUUUGUUUGCCCACUACCUCUUGGUGAAUAUCUUUCAGAUGAAUUUAAUAUAAAGUUGUCUUUGCUUGCCAGAACAACUGUCAAAAUUUCCGCCGCAGAAAUAAACACUGAGAAAAUGCUCACUUUAGUUUAAAGUCUCUCCACUGGAGGACUUGUCUGUAUGUGUGGCACACAAUUUGAAGAUAGGUAGAUGGAAUUGGAGGGAAAUCUGUUAUUCAAAGCAUUUCUGCUCCAUCCCUUCAGCUGUCACUCACAUCCUCCUCGCUCCUCUUUAUCUCCUUUACAUGUGCAGCUACUGUAUACAUCUGCACAAGCACACAGGCGCGCUGACACAACAUAAGCCUAAACACAUCUUUUCCCACGUCUCCCACCUGUGACAGGCACAAACAAUUAUCAUAUUCCCUCAGUUUUCACUGUGACAGAUUCCAGAGAAGCAUCAAUAUGUUUCCAUCCAACCAGAUCAGACACAUGAAUGUGAGGUGCACGUUAUUUGUGGGGAAAUGUUUGGUGCAGACUCAAAUAAACAUGUGAUCUGAGUGCUGGAAAAAGUAGAAGAUAAAGAGGAGACGAGAGAAGCAGUAGCCUGGCUCAGUCUCAUUGUUAAACUUCAAUAAACCCACAAUUUAGCUGUGAAGUUUUAAAGAAAAAGUGAUCAUUUUGUUGAGGAAAUGUAUCAGAGGCCAUCUGUAGCUGUGAGAUGAUUUCUGAGAUAGAACUCCAAUAGUUGCUUUACUAAUGUAACAGCAACUAAUCAAACCUUUCUUGUAAUAUUACUGAUCUGAUACAUAUUUGGUUAGAUCAUAUAGUGUAUGUAGAUUUAUUGCUGCCUUUGGACAUUGUAAGAGGCAACAAAUUAUCGGAUAAAUCUCUCAUCCAGUGGCAACACCUACAAAUAACCCGAAAAACAUACUUUGCAACAGAUAGUGUUCAAAAGACUGAAUUAAGAUAGCCAUAAAACACAGAAAAUGGGAGUUGUGGAGACAGGAGCAGCUUUUUCACAGCAUUUUUCUCAACCUGUUUCUGUGACUGUGAGUAACAAUUGUAACUCAAAGAGGGGGAAAAAAUGCAGUUUGUUUUUUUUUUUUACCUCCCCGAGCCACCACUGCACUGUUUUGUAUAAACUAAACAUGAAACAACACCAAGCUGAUACCGUCACGCACUACUUUGACAGCUAUUACCCUGAUAAUAAAACAUGUUUUAAACCUCGGUCACACUGUUUAAUUUAUGAUGCUGCUGUUUUAUCUCCUGUCUUUUACGCCAUAAAUGGAGCUUAAAGGGACAAAAGCGCAUCGCUAUGGACUUGCUCUCGCUGUCCUCCACGUGUAAAUAUUAAUUUUGCAAGCUAACUACAACAUCAGCAGUUGUCAUGGGCUGUGAAAGGGAAAAAAAAAUGCUUUUCUCCAAGCAAGGGCUUUUAAUUUUUAAAGGACAGGAGCACACAAGGGCUUUUUACGCUCAGCACUGCAGCAAUGUUGUUUUAAGGGUGUAAAGUGGGAGGGAGGGAAGAAAAGGCAAAGUACAUUUGCACAAAAACUACAGUUUUUAAACCAGCUGAAUAGCUAACCAAUAAUGUAACACGCUUAAUGCAAAAGAGAAGCAGAGGUAGAGAAAACUAUACUCUUCUACUCAGCUACUUUUUGGCUAACUUUAGAUUAGAUAAAUAACUUUUUGAAGUAAUUAGAGGUGAAGAAUGUUGCCUUAAGCAAAAGUAGGACGAAUUAAUCAAGAAUUAUUUGAGUUGCUUAAGCAUAUAUUAACAGAAUAUGGUUAAACAUACUUGGUGCCAAAUAUUACUCCAAAUGUGUCCUGUGUAUCAUGGCCUCUAGGUUAGCUUUAGAUUCAUAGGUUUGCUGCUGUAAGUACUCUUUUCUGCAUAGGAUUUACUGACUCAGCAGUAGUAGCUAUGUAGCUUAGCACAUCAGGGGCCCAUCAGAUCCUAAAAGGUCUGUCAUGGGUCAAAGUUCAGAACUGCCAUCCAUGAGCCAUGUCAGCAUUGACCAUUCAAACCAUGCAUGCCAUAUCCAUUUGCUUCCAGUGCUUACAUCUGCUGUAUCUCCAAUCAAGUCUCAAAUGGCACCCUAAUCUCUGUACUCCGUAGGGACACUCGACUGCUACAUUAAAGACGCCUUACAAGGGUGUGGGGGCCCGUAAGCCUGAGCUGUAUUGAUGUUUACUCCAACAGAGUGCGGGGUGCUUUUUGAGACUCUCUCUUCUUACUACCAUACAGCUUUGAUACUCUGAUAUCAACAAAUAAUUGUAUUAUUAGUAGAAAAGUAUUCUAUUCUAAAGGUGCCACUGUGCAGAGGAUGACAAACUCUGUCACAUAUUAUAGUUAUUAAUCUAUUCAUUGGGGCGGGAGGGUUGAUCGCAAGGAGCAGAGUUGGGAAGCAGGGGUCGUAGUCUUUCUAAUAUUAUCUUAUUCUACUUUCAUUUUCUACUUUGAUGUGGUUGUGAGGUUGUGUUGUUUUGAUCACAUCUGAAGCCUCUGACAGGAGGGGACGGUGGAGCGCUCGGACGAUCUCUCAUGGACAUAAACCUCACCUCACUGGCGCCAGAGGCCACUUUACAAUUUGCCAGCGGGACACUCUGCACCGCAACACACACACACACACACAUACACACACCUACAGGACACAUGCAUUCCAAGUAACAACACUCGCAAGAUAUUAUACUUUUGAGGACUUUUUAGGCCCAGUGUGACCCAGUAAAGAAAAACUAUUCAUAUUAUGAGGAUAGGUUUUUUUGUUAUGACCUUAAUAGUAAGAACGGCUUACAAUGCAGUGCGAGACAGCUGCAGAAAUACCAUAGAUUUGCUGGUAUAUGAAGCUGUUCAAAUGAGUUUGAAUUGUAUUGCACUGGGACUGCUUUUACAUUAUCUACUCUUUUGUAAAAGGAAAAGAUUGACAUUUUCGGACCUGUGCUCAUUCACUUGUCGUCAAGAAUUAGAUGAAACGAUUGGUUCCCCUAGCAGUUGGCUAAAUUAGCUAAGCACAGAAACUGGUGAAAUACAUCGUCUGGCUUAAAACUUAAAUAUUUAAAGACGAAAAUCAGGUUUUUUUUAAAACUACGUUAGCAUGUUCAUAGUGGGGUUUUUAAUGGGGAGCGUAAUAAGCAGUCAACACCGUGGCUGAGCAUAAACUGUAUGUAAAAGAUGAACAUUGUCACUUGUUAGUUUGUCGAUUGUCAUUUUGGAAUUGUCUUUAAAAAUCAGAUAUAACAAUAAGUGAGAACAUGAAGACAGUGCACAUUAUUAUGGUAGUGACCUGUCUAACACAAGGUAGCCCCACCUUAAAGUACAUCCUGCUUUGUUGUCUGUUUUGCUCAAAAUGGAACCAUAAUUUGCAAAGUAAAUGUCAUGCUGUAUAGAAUUAGUCUCGACACUAGUGAUUAAAACCAUAAACUUCUUUGGAAAAUGUUUAUUGAGGGAAAAAAUCAAGUGAGAAGUAGGGUUAUUUUCUUAUUAACUCCUCCACAGUUACUUCCUUUUUACAUAUAGUGGAGCCACUCCCUGCUGGCUGUUACAGUGAAUGCAGGUUUAAGGUUUCAUUGCUGUGAAAGUACUUUUCCAACUAAGAGGCUAUGUCCAUCGUUUAUACCGGCUUGCAGGUUGUUGCGUUAUUCCUCUUCAGAAUUGGUUUCCAGUUCAAAACACGUUUGGCUGAAUUACUCCAAUAUUACAACUUGGUUUUUAGGUGUUUAAUCAGCAUCUGAAGGGAGGAUUUAAUACUUAAAUACUUAGAGUGAGUUAUGUCCAAACUAUUUCUGCUGUUUCUAUGUCUGCUACUGCUCCCUGCAAAGAUGUAGUUCAUGCUUUGUCCUACGAAAUAUUUUAUGUACAUUAACCAUAGUUUGGUUAAUUAGUCUAAAUUAUGGAUGUCAUUAUCAUUAACUAAUAUGAACAUUGAUCUGAAAUAGAAUCUAAAAGUAGAAAAACGAAAAAUGUUAUUUCUAGCAAACUUUCUAUGGGAUAUUGGUCCUCAUAAGUAUAAAAACACACUCAUUAAUGCUCACAAACAUGGGCAAACACAGACACACACACACACACACACACACACACACACACACACACACACACACACACACACACACACACACACACAGCUUCAGCUUUGCCCAGUGCGGAGCAGGGAAAAAUGUGUCCUGCUUAAAGAAAAAUCACUGUGUCAUGUUUUAGUGUUUCUUUGGGAGAAAAACAACAAACUGUUACUGAUGCAUCGAUGUUGUGUCGCUCCUCAAUGGAACUUCAAGUACACUGAGCCAGCUAAUCAAACACGGAGGACCAGAAGAAGAACUGUUUGAGAAAUGUGAAUUUUAAUGGAAUUGUUCUGAGACAAACACUUGCUAUAAGCACUCUACACUUUGCACUUGCCACUGACAAACACACACACAUACACCAACACUUACAAGGUUACUGUGUGAGGAGGGCUUACAGAUGGAGUUAUGUGCCUGCAUGUUUGUGUGUGUUAAUAUAUUCACAUGUGUGUGUUUGUGUGCGUGCGUGCAAUUAGCCUCUCCUCACCCAUGCACCCAGUGCCUGCCUGUCCUGCCUUCAGACAGCUCCAAGAUCAGCCAUGGGGCUUCCAGUAUAACCUCCUCUGCAUUCCCAUGACCUGCAAUGGUUGCACUGGGAUCAGUUUUAGAGCUAAUUGCCCCGAUCACUCGUCAGCAGACGCAGCCAUACAAGCAAAUAGGACUGUUUUGGAUUUAGCGGGUUCUGGAGGGUUUGUUUUUGCUUUCAUUUUAAAGGCCUGACUGGACUGUUGGAAUUAUAUUUUGGCAAACCUGCUGUUCGGAUCAGAAUUAUUUCACACCUUGCCGUCUCAGUGGCUGAUUUAGGAUCGGCAGAGGGGGCUUCACAGGAUAGAAAAUAAUCUCUCGGGUCCCUAGUGACACCUGGUCCAGAAUCAGCGUGGCCUGGUGUAGCUCACUGCUCCUCAAACUUACCCAACGUAGCCAAACAAAAAGUCUCGGUGUGCAAGAUUUGCUUGUAAAAUUGUCGUGCUGUUCAGAAUUUGUCUAUAGGAGUUUUCACAUAACAUCCUCUUCCAGUGAAUUUAAGAGGUCUUCCCCCCUUGCACUGCAAUUAAAGAAUUAAUGUUAAUGGGAAGGUCAAUACGUAGAGAGAUUCUAGACAGGUACAUUGUUGGUUUAAGAUCCCUAAAAAGAAUCUAUGAUUAGAAUAACCACCAUUAUUUAAAGAAUUAUUCUGGCCUCUGUGCCUAUUAAGCCUCUUUUCCUGUUGCCAACCUUUAUCCCUUUAGCUAAAGAGAUUUUGUACCUGUCUUGUACUUUACAUCUAUUAUUUUGACAGGAAGUACAGAGCGAUUAAAAUCUGCUUUUUACAGUUUUGCCUCAAGCCUUGUAUUCAGACAGUGCUGUUUACAUAGUUUACAGAAUAUAUCUGAGGCUGGCACGGUUCACUGAACAAGGAUGAAAGGCCCAAAAAGCUGGGAUGUUUUACUGGGCUUGGGAGAGUUUCGUUCUGCAUCAGGUAUAUUCAGGCUUCUUCUUGCUUAAAUUGCUUUGGAGCAGUAGCGUCAGGACAUGUUAAAGGUUUCUUCUUCUUGAACAAGUGAAAUCACAUGGAAGACAAAAAGAUGAGAUUCUGUCUUUAUUGAUAUGUUCAAAAGAAUGGCGGGGCAAUUCCUACAAUGGGAUAUACUACACUGACACUUAUACUAUAUUAGAUUACCACUCAGAUUUUUGUAUUGAGUCAAAGAAAGCCAUGCCCCAGAGAGUCUAAAUUGCUCAUCACUCUUUACUGAGCCAUGAAGUAAUGGGUAGAGUCAGGCUAACAGGCAUAUUUAGAGACCAGUGAAUGCAACACAGCGAUAUCUCAGUGUGAUACAGUACAUGGACUCUGGGGUUUUAGCCAUGCUAGCCGCAUAAUAGUCUCAAAAACUACUGGUUGGAUUACUGCACCAUUUGUUGCAAACUAAUAUACUGGGUGAUUUUAUCUUGCACCAUCGUCAGGUCAAAUUUCCAUAUUUGUCCAAUACUUUGAUUUGCAACUAAACUUCUGGAAAACCGUAACAUCCCCGUCUCCUUUACCUGCAAUUUGUUUCUCAUGCUAGUUAGCCAAUGUUACCAUAUUGAUGAGCUAAGCUAAAAUGGUAAACAAAGACUAUAAAAGAUGGAUUUCUGUUGUGAAGCCUCAGAUUUGACAUUUGGUCGUUGCUAUGUGGUCUUUUGAAACCUAAGCUACUUUAUUAUCUAUUUUUUUUAUUUUAAAUGGGACCAUAAUCUACUAAAUCAACAACAUACUGUAUUCAAGAAGUCUGUAAACGAGAGACCACAGCCAUAAAGGAAAUGUUAACUGAGCUAACAGAUGAGGGGGAGAGGUAAGGUUAUUUUUCAUAGACUUCUGUACAAUUUGACUUCUCUUUCCACCCAGAGGAGUUGCCCCCUUCUGGCUGUUAGAAAUAAUGCAAUUUUAAGACACUUCUCACUUUUCAUUCAAACCGGCUCCAUCAAUCUUUUGCAAUAUACAGUGUGUGGAUAAAUAUUACGCCUACUAUAAGUCCAUAUGUUAACAUUGUCACUGUGAGCAUCUUAUUAUGCUGACAUUUAGCUCAAAUCUCUGCUGUACCAAAGAUACAGCCUCACAGAGCUGCUAGCAUGGCUGUAAACUCUUGUUAGAAAAUGGAAACUACCUAAGCGGUAAAUGACUGUCAACCUGACUUUGUUCAUUUCAAACUGACCUGAGGACUGUUAGACAACAAACGCCAGAGCACAAACUCAGGAGAUAAGUUCGUUACAUUUGUAAGUACUGAUUUGUGUUUCACUCAGAAUAGAGUAACAAGAAUAUCACAGUGACAGAGUAAAAGAUGCAGAGAUAUUAUAUGAUCAUAUGUAUAUUGUUUGUGUAGCAGUGGUCUGGUAAACAGCAUAAAGGUUUUUUUUCAGGGUGUGUAGCUUGCAGGCAUUGUAGCAGUUUUGCUUUAAGUUGAAACGGUUUGGAUGGAGAUUAGGAUAAUAAAUAGCAAACAGCUGUUACUCUGUGUCUUUAAGGGCCACACUGGGGGUUGGGGAGUGUUUCCUUGCAGCAGUGAUGAAAGUGAAAAAUGAAAGCCUAAAGUCAAACGUGCAGCUGGAACCUCAAGUAGCAUUUUAAAAAAUCCCCCAAAUUUGGGUUGUAAUUUUUAAAAGCACCUAAACGCGUGGCGGUUGAAAGGUGGAAGAUGAAGCGUCAGUGGGCAGCUUUUUAUCCUGCUCCAUACCUCUGAGCCCGAUCAUGAGAUACUUAGUCCUCUACAAACACAUAUACACACACGCACACACACAUGCAUGCAGAAACAUGCUGGCACUCACAUUUGUCUUUCUAUACACAGAAACACUGACUGCUCCCACACACACACACACACACGCACACACAUGCAGACACACACACACCCACACAGAUAGCUGCCAGCCAGUUUCACUGUAUACUUUAUAAUGUAAACCUCCAACUAACAGCAGUCUGACACGGACACAUGCUGUGAAUAAAAGCACACUUUUACUUACAUGGUAUAAAUAUGAUUACCUAUAUGAAGAAUAUUAUAUACAGUAUAAUAAUUAGAAAAUAAAGAGUCACCUUUUCAAAG